AUGGAAAAAUCAGACCCAUUUAUGAAGAACAAAACCUUCUUUGACAAUAUUGAGUAUGGUAACACAUUUGGAAGAAAAGAAGCCUUAAUACAUCAAGUCACAACAGGCAUGAGCAGUUCCUGUGUGACACUGGCAGAGGUCCUGUGGGCAAAAGGAAGCCCUUUGGAGGAAGAAGAAAUAUGGGCACUCUUGUACCUGGCCACAGAGCAGCUUCUGGAGGAUCUUCACAAAGACCUUGCCAUCUGUGUGAUUUGUCCAUGGUCAGUACUACUGUCUGCUGAAGGAAAUCUGUCCUUCCAAAACAAUGCAUCUCAGACAGAAGCUGUACCUUUCAGUGCACCAGAAUUGCUCCAAAGACAAUGUAAAAACCAGCACGUUGGACUAGCAAAGAUGUUGGUGUAUUCCUUAGGAAUGACCCUCUAUUGGUCAGCAGACUACCAGGUUCCUCCAAACCAGUCCCUCCAGCUGAGUGACCAACUACACAUGCUCUUGUUGACACUAUGUGAAGAUCUGCCACACAAAAGACUUUCUCCCGAGUCAAUUCUGGAAGCAUGUGAGGCACAUCAGAAAGAAGCUGCUUUCUUACCAGCCAAUGUCUAUAUAAAGAAUAUGGUCCAGUUUGCUGUGGGAAAUGUCAGUGAGGCAGAGCGGGUAGUCAACGAAGAGUGCACAGCCUCUCAGCUUAACAGAAGUCAUGUGAUAAGGAAAAGGCUGCAUGAGAAAAUAUCAGACAGCUCACCACUGUACUCCCAGAUGAAUUUUCACCAAGACAAAGGGUCCAGAUUAAUGAAUUACAGUCAAUCAACAGAAGAUUACAGACAAUUCUCUGUGGACUACAGUGACUCUAAUAGUAUUUCUGAAAGUACAUCUUUGAUACUGUCUAACCGAGGACACAGGAGAGGACGAGUUCCACAGACACACAGGUCAUGGGACCCCACCCUUAGUGGGUCAAGGACACAAAGUAGCUACAAGCUCUUCAUAAACAGAUCGGUCAGCGCUGUAGAAGAAAUCCCUACUGAAAUUCAGAAGAACAGCAGACAGAACCUGAUAAGUUUAGGUUCCACCUUCUCUGUGUCUACAAAGGACUACACAGCAGCUGCUACAUCACAGAAAUGUUUGUUCCACAGGAAGGAAAAGUUUUCAGGUCCAGAAUUUGUUAUUUUGUCUAGUGAACCACCGGUGACCUUACAGCUGCCUGGAUCAAUUGUUACUAAAAAAGGGAAAUCCUAUUUGUCCCAAAGGGAUCUCAAUGUGGUUCUACUCAAUGGGCAGUGCCUUGAGGUGCAAUGUGACAUCAAGUCCAAGGCAAGAGAUGUUUUCAACACUGUGGUGGCAUAUGCAAACUUGGUGGAACAUUUCUACUUUGGCUUGGCUUACCUGAAAGGUAAAGAAUUCUUCUUUUUGGAUGAGGAGACCAAACUCUACAAAGUGGCCCCAGAUGGCUGGAAUGACCAACCCAAGAAGAAAACAUCCAUUAUUAAUUUCACUCUCUUUCUAAGGAUAAAAUUCUUUGUCAAUCACUUUAAUAUUAUCCAGCAUGGCUUGACAAGGCAUCAGUUUUAUCUUCAGCUUCGUAAAGAUAUUUUGGAGGAGCGAUUGUAUUGCAAUGAUGAGACUGCUCUGAAACUUGGUGCUUUGGCUUUACAGGCAGAGCUUGGCAAUUAUGCUCCUGAGAUGCAUGGGAAAAGCUAUUUCCGUGUUGAAGACUACAUUCCAGCAAGCCGAAUAGAGAAAAUGACUCUGGCACAUGUACAGAGGGAGCUUGCUAAAUUACAUCGUAUGAAUCGUUCUCUAUUUGAGGAUGAAGCUGAACUAGAAUUUUUAAAGGUGACUCAGCAACUUCCUGAAUAUGGAGUCUUAUUCUACCGUGUGUCCCAAGAGAAGAAAGGAGCAGCAGGGGACAUCAUCCUGGGAAUCUGUGCCAAAGGCAUCAUUGUUUAUGAGGUUAAAAAUCAAACAAGAAUUGCCAGUUUAAGAUUCCAGUGGCGUGAAACAGAGAGAAUUUCAGCUCAUAGAAAAAAGUUCAUGAUUGAAAGCAGCUUCAGUGGCAAGAAACACACUUUCAUUACUGAUACAGCAAAGACAUGUAAAUAUCUACUGGACCUCUGCUCUGCCCAGCACAAAUUCAAUGCACAGAUGAAUUCUCGGCAACUUCGGCAAACAUCAUCAGCUCAGCAUGAGCACCUUGCCCUGAUUCAGAGGUUGUCUCGUUCAGAGAAUGUGCUCUAUGGAGCAAACCUGGAAAAUCUUUCUGCUGGGAUGAUGAGCAAAUCUUGUGGUAACCUCAGUGUGGAAACCAGCAGCAGGACUAGACACAAAAGCAAUCUCGGCAGAUCCACAUCAGGACUAUCCCAGUCAGAAAUGCACAUCAAUUUGAACGGAAAGCAAAGGAGUUAUGACUACCUGUCUAUCCAUUCAGCUCAGAACACAAUCAGUGCACCUGGAUCACCAGCCAUCCAAAAGGAAGUUUUGCUAAGUGGUCUAGAAAGGGAAAUAAUUUGCGUAAAUCUAAAACGUGACCCUAAGAAUGGAUUUGGUUUUGUAAUUAUUGGAGGAGAAAAUGUAGGAAAAUUAGACCUCGGUAUCUUUAUCGCUUCAAUUAUCCCUGGGGGACCUGCAGACAGAGCUGGAAAUAUCAAACCAGGAGGACGACUCAUCUCUGUGAAUAAUACUAGUCUUGAGGGUGUUUCAUUUAAUACUGCAGUUAAAAUAAUACAGAAUUCUCCUGAUGAAGUGGAGCUCAUCAUCUCUCAACCCAAAGACAUAUGUGAAGAAGAACUAAAUGAAGAAAAGAAUCUAUCAAGAGGAAACAGCACUAGUGGAUCUGAGAUCUCUUGUGCAGACAACAGGAGAAAAAAGAUUCAGGAUUGUCAUACAGCCCUCCCCAAAGAACAGGACAUAAAUGUAGAUGAACUUGAGAAGGCCCUUUCCUGGAGUUUAGUACCAAAUUUGGGCUCUAGGAUGCCAGUUCCUUCAGCUGAUACCCUGGAUGUGGAGGAAGCUGAUUCUUCGCACUUACCACCUCCAUCUGAAACUAACUCAAAGGAAAUUUAUACUGUGGAGCUUGUUAAAGAAGAUGGAACUUUUGGAAUCAGUGUGACUGGUGGAAUUAACACUAGUGUACGCCAUGGUGGGAUAUAUGUGAAGUCAAUUAUUCCCAUGGGACCAGCUGAUAAGGAUGGACAAAUAAAAAUAGGUGAUCGUCUCCUGGAAGUAGAUGGCAUCAGCCUCUGUGGCAUCACUCACAAACAGGCUGUGGAACACCUGAAGAAGUCUGGCCAGAUUGCCAAGCUGGUUCUAGAACGGGGAAGCUACCAAUCAGCAGAGCCAUGCCUGACUGCUAGUGAGAGAAAGGACGACCAAUGUGCAGUUGUUUCUGUAGCAACAUCCUUCACAGAUGAUAUCAAGGACUACUGCUUUUUGACAGAUGGUAAUAUAUUUGAAGUCAAAUUGACAAAGAAUUUGGGAGGCCUUGGCUUUAGUGUUCUGCAGAUGGAAGGAGAUGGUUGCGAACACCUCGGAGGAUCUAUCAUCAGGAUCAAAAGGCUGUUUCCAGGGCAGCCAGCUGAAGAGAAUGGCAAAAUUGAAGUCGGAGACAUCAUUUUAGCUGUGAAUGGGAAACCUAUUCAAGGACUCUUGUAUCAGGAUGUCUUGCACUUGUUGAGAGGAGCUCCUUCAGAAGUCGGACUACUACUUUGCAGACCACCAAAAGGUGUUCUUCCAGAAAUAGAGCAGAGUGCCAUGACUCCAGCACCAUCUCCAGUUAAGGAGUUUGUGGCAGAAACGCCAGGCAGUACAGAGUUAGGAAAUAGUAUGGAUCAGUCAACCAGUGAUGGAGGUAGCACCUCUCCAGACCUCGAAGACUGCCUGGAUUCUCCAGUGGCAGCAGAUUUUGGUGAGCCUCCUGAGGAGGACAGUUCAACUUAUGAAGAGCAGGAAGCUGAACUUCCAGAGAAGCCCAUACAGAAACUUAUGACUUCCAGGGAACAUUUCUAUAAGCAUCUUUGGAAGUUUCAUCAAGAAGCUGCCAGUUCUGAAGUCUUUCACUCCCUUGAGGAAGAAAUGAAGGAGAACUGCUACUCACCAUGUGAAUUUGGACGGGCAAAAAGGUAG